AUGAGCCCGCCUCCAGCACGACGCACUCCAGCUGAGCCCGUCCAGACUGCCGGAACGUCCAGGCAGCAAGAGGAUCACGGGAACAAAUGCAGUACAUCACCACCAGUAGCAGUAAACUUCAACAAGAAAAUGAUCAAUGAGAAAGCAGAGAACAUCAACCACGAAAAUCACCAAGGAGAAGCAGAUCAACAGUCAGUGCUGUUGGCAACAGCACGAGUAAAAGUAAUAUCACCGAGAGGAUUCACGACAGAAGCCAGUGCACUCAUCGAGCAGGGUUCAGAGGUAUCGUUUAUCUCCGAACAAUUAGUUAAUCAGCAUUUACAGAGAAGAGCAUCAACAGUGAAGCUAGUGGGAAUUGGUGGAAUUAAUUCAGGACACACCAGAGGAAUAGUUUCAGUCAUUCUACAAGCGAGCCAUGGGACUCAUCAACUGCAACUCAACGCCCACAUUUUAAAGAAGCUCACCGCAAUAAUUUCGUCAUUUUCAUGCUCGUCAGCGAGGAUCGGCUCACAUCAGAAUCUUCAGCUAGCCGAUCCCCAUUAUCUAAGGCCUGGACCAAUCGACAUCAUAUUAGGGGCUGACAACUAUGGGCGGAUCAUCAUGGAUGAAGUUGUCAAGUCAGAGCAAUCGAGAGUAGUUGACCAAUGCACAGUAUUCGGUUGGAUACUAUCCGGACCAAUCGAAUACACAAAUUGUUCAAUAAAGGUAUCUCUAUCAGCUGUCCAGAAAUUUUGGGUCCAGGAAGAAUUGCCAAACGAGAGAUCAUCAACAUCAGAGCUUUCACCAGAUGAGUACGAGUGCGAGAUGCACUUUAGAGCAACUCAUAGCGGAGACAACACCGGGCAAUACAUCGUGAGACUGCCCCUCAAAACUUCAGCAGCAGCGCUCGGAGAAUCGAAAUUUAAAGCAGCACGUCAACUCAAAUCGAUCGUGAGUCGACUCAACACAGAUCAAGUAUACUCCCAGUUAUACAGAGACUUCAUCAACGAGUACGCAGCACUGGGGCACAUGAGAAUAGCACCAGAGACUCCAGAACCCGUGCCAGCCUACUAUCUUCCACAUCACGGGGUACUGAGAGAGGAGGCCAUCACAACGAAGCUGAGAGUCGUAUUCAAUGCCUCCAGCCCCAGUUCAUCAGGUAUGUCACUUAACGAUAUACUGUAUUCUGGUGAAGAAUUGCAGAACGAUGCCAUGUUUAUCCUGACUUGGAUGAGGAGGCACAGGCUCGUGUUUGGCACGGAUAUUGUCAAGAUGUUCCGCCAGAUACGAAAUCACCAAGAUGACUGGGAUCUUCAGAGAAUCCUGUGGAUCGACGAGAAUCAACAACCAGUCACCUACCAGUUAACAACAGUCACCUAUGGACUAAAUUGUUCUCCAUGGUUGUCGUUACGUGUUCUUCAACAACUAGCAGAAGAUGAAGGGCACCGCUUCCCAGCAGCAGUAGAGACACUCACCAGAGGUCGUUAG